CAUCCCAUAAGCCUCGAAGGCCCUAGGAAGGGCGGACCUCAGCAGGGCGUGCGGCCAAGCCUUGGCCAGAAAAAGCCGCCACGGUGGGCCAGGUGGGCGAAACAGAACUGUCCAUGCCGACUGUUUAUGAAGUGGGGAAACAGUACCCAGAUCCAGAGUAUCCGGAGAGACCCCUUCCAAUGUCCCGGCAUGAGACUUCUCCGACAGCACUGCAACGGGCUAGCACCAACCAGCGCCCCAACCCCUGCUGCUUCUGCUGGUGCUGCUGCUGCAGCUGCUCGUGGAAUGAAGAUCGCGAGCGAGCGUGGCGGGCGUCACGAGAAACCAAACUGGAGACCAUCCCAAACUGUGAAGCCUGCUCCAAACCGACCACCGAGGAGGUCAAGGGUUGGGCCCAGUCGUUCGACAAGUUGAUGAAGAACCCGGCCGGCAGGAACGUGUUCCGGGAAUUCUUACGGACUGAGUACAGCGAGGAGAACAUGCUCUUUUGGUUAGCGUGCGAGGAGCUCAAAAGCGAGUGUAACAAGCAGUCCAUAGAGGAGAAGGCGCGGGUGAUAUACGAGGAUUAUAUCUCCAUCCUGUCACCGAAAGAGGUCAGCCUGGACUCCCGCGUGCGCGAAGGCAUCAACUGCAAGAUGCAGGAGCCGUCCCCGCACACCUUCGACGACGCGCAGCUACAGAUCUACACGCUCAUGCAUAGAGACUCCUACCCACGGUUCCUGAGUUCAGCCAUAUACAAAUCGUUAGUCCAGAGCGUCUCACGGUCGUCUUCGGAGUCCUAAGGUCCUCUCGCCUUUCCCGGGGGGCGCAGACAUGACGGGACAAUUCUCCUUCUCCACAGGACGGGGGCGAUGGAGAAAACGGACCUCAACCUGUGAUCUUGUGCCACCGAUGGAGCGAAAACGGCUCCCCGAAUCCCACAAACACCUUAGUUUUUGACUUCUGCCUCCUCGUCCGGCCACGGGAACGCUCACUCUGUUAAUCUUGCCCCGUCUGCAUCCACGGAAGGGUGGGCAAUGGCUCCUACUGUCAUGUGAACGUCAAACUCAGGCCUUCUGCUUUUACUACUGAAUCCAUGCUGGCCCGUGUGGAAAAAUAAGAAAAUGGAGGGGUGCGGG